AUGUCUGACCAGGUUAUGCACCUGCGUGAGCGGCAGGUCUCGUGCGCCCUUCUUUCAAGUACGGUAUCCAAAGACGAAGCGCAAGUAAUUUUGCGUCAGGUUCGCACGGGUGUCGAUAUGCCGCAUCUACUGUAUGUCACUCCUGAGCGUAUCGUUAAGUCCAAGCAGCUACUGGCGGCUUUGCAACAGGCGUAUGAGGCAGGACGGCUUGCCAGGAUCGUGGUCGAUGAGGCCCACUGCUGUAGCAUGAUGGGCCACGACUAUCGUCCCGAUUACAACAAGUUGUCACUGUGUCGGAAGCUUUUUCCUCAAACGCCUAUCAUGGGUCUGUCUGCCACACUCGGCAAGCGUACACUGCAGGACGUAUUACGAAUCCUUGGUCUGCCCAGUACGACAGACCCAUCCCAUGCUCAGUCGCGCCGAACCAUCUACUUUCGCGCCCCAUUGCACCGGCCCAACCUCUACUAUCGAGUACUUACUCGCCCAUCCAGCACGGUGGCCUCGCAAGAGCAAAUGGUUUCAUACAUCCUUUCGCACCAUGAGAAUCAGUCCGGCAUUGUAUAUUGUUUGAGCCGCAAAGAUACCCACACACUUGCGCAUGCGAUUGCACAGCUAAGCCAUGGGCGGAUCCGCACCGGCGUGUAUCAUUCUGAUCUGGACGAGGCAGAAAAGCAGAAUGUACACAGGCUGUGGCGCACGGGUGACAUUUCUGUCGUGUGUGCCACGAUUGCCUUCGGGAUGGGUAUUGACAAGGGCAAUGUACGUUUUGUGAUCCACGCGUGUAUAUCCAAGUCGCUAGAUGGGUAUUACCAAGAGACGGGACGCGCGAUGGACAUGCAGCUGACUGUGUUCUCCUCUAUCGACCCGGAGACAUUGUUUGCCAUGAUGAAUUAUGCCCAAUCGAACCUGUGCCGCCGGACGCUCUUUGCGCAGUACUUUGAAGAUCCUGACGGCGUAUCAUCAUGCGGGGUCUGCGAUAACUGCGAGCGUGGUCUGGCCGCACAGGUUACAGACGUGUCGCUGUCUGCAUGGAAGGUUGUGCGAGCUGCGGAGGAGGUGCACCUGCACAAUGGACGUGUAACCUUAAGUGGCCUCGCUGACCUGGUCCGAGGCUUGAAUCACGCGCAGUUCCGUAAGGUGGACAAUAGCGGUGCGCCACAUCCCGCCAAGAUGCAGCUGGAUCUUCCCAGUUUGGGUGGCAAAGUUACCUUGUCGCGCGAGGAUUGCGAGCGCCUUGUUGUGGAGCUGCUUCUCCAAGGUUACCUCUCCGAGAGCUACCAGGCCACAGCGUACACUGUCAAUGUCUCUCCCUCGACGAAGCCACGACACUAA